GUUCAAUAUAUUCAACAAUUUAAUUAUAGAAAUCAAUAUGAAUUUGUCAUUAGUUAUGUUGAAAAUGAUGAAGAAAUAACAAAAAUAAUUAAUAGAGAAAUUACAAGUUCAAAAUUAUUUGAUCGUAAUCGAGGCAUUGUAUUACGAUGUCACAUAAUUAAAUAUAAUUCAACGAGAAAAGAUGAAGAAAUAUGUUUAGAAAACAAUGAUAUUAUUAUUUUUAAGCUCCAUCACAUUGCAUUUGAUGGUGCUUCUCGACGAAUAUUUUUUAGUGAUCUUAAGUAUAAUUUAGAAAAUGAUAGUACAUUAUUAAAUAAUGAAAAUCAAUUUCAAUACAUUGAUUAUUCAGUUUAUGAAAAACAAAUGGAUAUAAUAUCAUCUUGUCAUUUCUGGCAAUCACAUCUUUAUGGAUUGAAUUUAGAACGUCGUAUUAUGUUACCUUUUGAUCGACAUCGUUUAUUAACUGAUCAACAUUCAGGUUUUGCUCAUCUUAUUGAUAUUCCAUUUGAUAAUGAUUUAAUACAUUCAUUUCUUGAUUAUGCUUCUUCACAAGAUAUUACACCAUUUCAAUUAGGUCUUACCAUAUUUUAUACAUUUUUAUAUAAAUUAAGUCAGAAUCAAAAUGAUCUAUGCAUUUCAUGUAUUCAUGCUAAUCGAUAUAGAACAGAAUUACAAAAUCUAAUUGGCAUGUUUGUUGCAACAUUACCACAUCGAAUUUAG